AUGCAUGUUGUUUUGUGCACAGGGGACACCAUCACUAGCGUGCAUGAGACCACUGUGGACGGAUUUCAACACAAGGAGAUUGUUCAGCUAAUCAGGGCCUCUGGGAACUCCAUUAGGUAAGCAGAUCAGAUCUCAAUGGUAAAGGGAACUGGCAAGGGGAUUGGGGACUGGUUGUGGAUGGUAACAGAACUUAAAUGUUCCACUUUUUGUAUAGGUCCUAGUCAAAUCGGUUCUUAUAAAGAGUUUGUCAAUGCUUUCUAGUGUCGUUUUCAUACUGAUACAUCUUGAACCUUCUUUCUUGAGCAAUGUUGCAGUCCAAAGUAUAGAAUCACACAGAAUCGAUAAUGAAGUCUAUCUAUUGAAUGAGAAUGGGAAUACUCAUUAAUGGCGCACUCUGUAAAUCUUGUCUAGUGGCACCUGAAAGAUAUUCUGGAGAAAUGUAAUAUAUUUUAAAUGAUUACCAUACAAUCAAUGUGACAUGGACGUACUCUAAACCGUUCUGUUCAUGUUUACACACCAAAGUUGCCUAGAAGCAAGCCAUUACCGUUUUUAAUAUGCAGAAUUAACUUGCUGUGUUAAAUUGGAACCACACUCUCGCUCUCUUUGUCUGCUUGUAAAAGAUGAAAGGCCUAUUAGAAUCGGGCCCCAUUUUAUAAACUCGGAAGGCAACUGCAUAAGCAGUGAAGUUAACCACAUGAGAGGCCCAGUGCAGGCCUCUUGUCUUACAAUAGACUUCAUCAAAUUAUUCUCGCCUCUAGUAAACAAAUAGACCUGCUGAACCAUUAACAGAGAGCUUGUAUCAGCCCAGUAAAAACAACACACCCCCUCAGAUGCUGAACCAUUAACAGAGAGCUUGUAUCAGCCCAGUAAAAACAACACACCCCCUCAGAUGCUGAACCAUUAACAGAGAGCUUGUAUCAAUCAGCCCAGUAAAAACAAGAAACCCCCUCAGAUGCUGAACCAUUAACAGAGAGCUUGUAUCAGCCCAGUAAAAACAACACACCCCCUCAGAUGCUGAACCAUUAACAGAGAGCUUGUAUCAAUCAGCCCAGUAAAAACAAGAAACCCCCUCAGAUGCUGAACCAUUAACAGAGAGCUUGUAUCAAUCAGCCCAGUAAAAACAAGAAACCCCCUCAGAUGCUGAACCAUUAACAGAGAGCUUGUAUCAGCCCAGUAAAAACAAGAAACCCCCUCAGAUGCUGAACCAUUAACAGAGAGCUUGUAUCAGCCCAGUAAAAACAACACACCCCCUCAGAUGUGCACCUGUUGCUACAGUCGAGUGGGUGUCUUGAAACGUGAUACCAUUCUGAAGCUUUUCCCCCUACUUGUAAACUGUUGAGCCUAGACUCUAGCAUGUUAGGGUCUCCUAUAUAAGAGCCUUUACAUGUCUACUUCUGAAGUUCCUCUCUGUUCUUAAUUGGGCCCAGAGUAUGCUGUGAAUACUUACUCUCGUUUUGUGUGGCUCUCUGGCCUUCUUGUGUCUGAAUUAACAUUACUCUGUCUUUACCAUAGGCUGGAAACAGUGUACAGCAACUCCAUUCGAAAAGCAGAACUGGAGGCAAGGCUUCAGUAUCUGAAGGUGAAUCUCUCUCCCUCUUCCCCUGUGUAGCAAAUCUGUGGUUCUGCUUGCUUCUACAGUUCAACAGAAAUUGGGUAUCCAGUGGGGUGUGAGACAAUGACCAUAGGAAUUGACUAUACAGCACAAACAGAUCUGGGACCAGGCUAUUGUGUGACUGGGAUCAGUCUGACAGUGUAGUGAAAAGCCUAUAGCCAGCAGACACAAAAUGCAGCUCUCUCACCAUGCAGCAUGCUAGAUUUAGACCAAUCCCUUUCCCACCUGUUUUUCCCCUCUGUUCCCACCUGUUUCAUGACUAGCGGCUGCAAUGCUCUCCAGCAUGCUUACAGAAGGCUGUGUGAGCACAGUGAAUGAGAGUAGACACAUAGUUACAUGCUUACAUUACACUUGGCUGGUAAAAAUUACCUUUUUUGUGUCUGAAGACAAGUGGCUUUUCUCAAGAUGACAGCUGCUGUCCCCAAGCUCAUCCAUCAGGCUCACAGGUGGAAAUCACAAAAAAUUUUACCUUUUUGACUGCUUUCUAAUAUUGCUGUAUUUUCUUUUAUCAGCAAACCGUACAUGAGAAAUGGGAUGAAUACAGAUCUUUGAUGAUGCAAGAGCAGAGGCUGGUUCAUGGUAAGUCAUUCAUUUAUGUUGAUGCAUAUGAUCUCAGGUAAAUUAAUUUGAAGUCAAUUUAAGAUGUAUAACACUCUUUCCCUGUGUCCUCUAGGCAUAGUGAUGAGUGAUGCUGCUAUCUAUGAGUCCCUGGAGUCUGCAGGGGUGUACGGUAGUCUGGGCACCCCGAGCCCGGCCGCCAUGCGUGCCCUUCGCUGCACCGGCAGCACCAGCAGCAGCGCCAGCCACCUGAGUGCCACCACGGAGGAGGACCCGCUCUACCAGACCUGUCUGUACCAGGGGCAGGGUGACCGCCUCAACGACGCCAACGGUGACCUCACCAAAACCACCAGCAGCACAGAGAAAGACAAACAGGAACAGGAGAAGCCACCCAAGGGUAAGCAGCGAAUGAUCCGUCCCGCCAGCGAGCUCUUCACCUCAGCAAAGACCCACCUGACCCGCAGCGCCAGCACACGCAGCUACAUGAGGGGCUCCAACAACAACUCUUCGUCAGCACCAGGGGACAAAGAGCAAUCGGGAGGGUUCAGCUCGCUACAGAGGAAACCCAAACAGAAGAGUUUGCGCCGACACCUCCUCAAGUUCAUCCCUGGACUGAACAGAGCCAUGGAGGAGGAGGAGAGCAAGCUCUGA